AACGGCCAGAUCCCAAGGCCCGCUGCGACGUGCCGAUCCCGAUCCCCGCGCUCACCUACUCCGCCGCGGCAUGUGACAAUCUCCUCCGUCUCUUUUGCUCCGCUCGCCUCGAGCCAGAUGCGGCGGAAGGCCAACGACCGAGGGCGACGCACUCGGCGGUGGUGGUGCCUUGUACCCCGUGACAGCGACAUUCUUUUCUUUCACCGUGCCGUCUCCCCAAACCCCACCCCCGACGCCUCGCCCCCGCCCCUCGUUGCACUCCACCGCGGCCUCCUUAUAUAGAGCCCACUCGGCCACUCUCUCCGUCCACCCCUACGCGCGCCCGCUUGCUCGCCCUCCCCAUGGACGGGUAGGACUGCAGUGGCGGCGCGGAGGCCGGAGUGCGCACCGACACGUUGGGUGGCGGCGGGGGCGGGGAUGGGGCUGCUGUCGAACAGGGUGGAGCGGUCGGAGAUCAGGCCCGGCGACCACAUCUACACCUGGAGGGCCGUCUACGCCUACUCCCACCACGGUAUUUAUGUUGGAGGAAGCAAGGUAGUCCAUUUUACACGAAAGAAAGAAGCUGAAUCUGGUACAGAUUCAUCCGACUCCACUUCCAUCCUGAUCUCAGAGGCUCCAUUAGAGUGCCCAACAUUCCCUGAUUGUGGAUUUCAGCUGCCCAAUAGUGGUGUCGUGCUCACUUGCUUGGACUGCUUUCUCCGCAACGGUUCCCUCUACUGCUUCGAGUAUGGUGUGCCAUCCGCAGUUUUCCUUGCAAAGCUUCGUGGAGGAACCUGCACCAUUGCCCAAUCAGACCCACCGGAGGUUGUCGUUCCCCGAGCCAUGUACCUACUUCAAAACGGGUUUGGAAACUAUGACAUAUUUGAGAAGAACUGCGAAGACUUUGCACUCUACUGCAAGACCGGGCUUCUACCUGUUGAGGAACCUGGCAUUGGGACUAGUGGGCAAACGUCUUCUGCCAUCGGCGUGCCAUUGGCAGCUCUUCUCUCCAGUCCAUUUAAGCUUUUCGCUGCUGGUCCACUUGGAAUGGCCACCAUCACUGCUGGCAUGUACUGUGCUGGUAGAUACAUAACUGACAUAGGAGUAAGGAAGGAUUUAGCGAAAGUUGAAGUGGAGAAUUUAUCAUCACACCUUGGUUUCCGCCUUGUUGAAGAUGAAGAAUCAGUGAACAAGCAAACAGAAAAGGUGAAGACCUUGCUCCCUAUGAAGAGGAAACGCGAAAGGUGACUGUGACAAUACAGUUUGGGAGUAUAAACUUGUCUGCCCUUCACAGAUAGUUGGUGCAGAAUUGUGGAUAAUUCAGAAUAGAGUAUAUUUCGUUGUAAUAAGAUUGGUAUCGAUGUGUACCUGCAGAAUGUGCUCUGAUUUGAUUUGGUGCACACCUCACAUGAACAGUUGAACUACUUUAUAUACUAGAUAUGCGAUGGAAAUUGGAUUACUGAA